GCAGGCGCGAUCGGGGGGCGGGCUACGAUUCCGGAAUCUCCGUGAACCCCAGUCAUCUCGGUAUCCCGAGCCUACCGCCAUGGCCGCCUACCAGCUAGUGCUCAUCCGCCAUGGCGAGAGCGCCUGGAACCUGGAGAACCGCUUCAGCGGCUGGUACGAUGCUGACCUGAGCCCAGCGGGGCAUGAAGAGGCGAAGCGCGGAGGACAGGCGCUGCGAGAUGCUGGCUAUGAGUUUGACAUCUGCUUCACCUCAGUGCAGAAGAGAGCAAUCCGGACCCUCUGGACAGUUCUGGAUGCAAUCGACCAGAUGUGGCUGCCAGUAGUGAGGACUUGGCGCCUCAAUGAGCGGCACUAUGGGGGUCUGACUGGCCUCAAUAAAGCAGAAACUGCUGCCAAACAUGGCGAGGCCCAGGUAAAGAUCUGGAGGCGUUCCUAUGAUGUCCCACCACCACCGAUGGAGCCGGACCACCCCUUCUACAGCAACAUCAGUAAGGAUCGAAGGUAUGCAGACCUCACUGAAGAUCAGCUGCCAUCCUGUGAGAGUCUCAAGGAUACUAUUGCCAGAGCUCUCCCCUUUUGGAAUGAAGAAAUAGUUCCUCAGAUCAAGGAGGGGAAACGCGUCCUGAUUGCAGCCCAUGGCAAUAGCCUUCGGGGCAUUGUCAAACAUUUGGAAGGUCUCUCUGAAGAGGCUAUCAUGGAGUUGAACCUGCCCACUGGUAUUCCCAUUGUCUAUGAGUUGGACAAGAAUUUGAAGCCCAUCAAGGCCAUGCAGUUCCUGGGGGAUGAAGAGACCGUGCGUAAAGCCAUGGAAGCUGUGGCUGCCCAGGGCAAAGUCAAGAAAUGAAGGCACGCAGGCUGGCUCCUGUACCCAGGAGCGCCCUCCCUGCCCGUCCCCUUCCUCUGCACUGCUCCCGGCACAUGUCACACUGACCACUUCUGUAGGCAUCUUCCGUUGUAGCUGCAGGUGGGGGGCUGCGGGCUCCCAUUUCAGUCAUUUUGUCUCCUGCACCCUCUCCCUUCAUACAGACUAGUCUGAAUGACACCUCUGGGGCA